UGACCCUGCAUUGCUUACAAUGAUGUAAGGAAAUUGUUUUGUGUUUAUAUUCUCAGUGUGCGAAGUUGCUUUUGUCACGUGGUUUAUUCAGUCGUUUUUUCUCAAAAUCUACUAAAAGUAAUUUGACAGUUUUAUUAAUAAUUUAAAGAAAAUGGCACUUUGGAGAAGUUUGCCCUCCAAAUUAUCCGAAACAGCAAACAUCAUCUACAGUGCUGGCUCUCGUGCUUCAUAUCAUCCAAACGUUUUGGAUCACUAUGAAAAUCCGAGAAAUGUUGGUUCGUUGGAUAAGAAUAAUAAACGUGUUGGAACCGGAUUAGUGGGCGCUCCUGCCUGCGGUGAUGUCAUGAAAUUACAAAUUGAAGUUGAUGAGGGGGGCAAAAUUAUUAAUGCAAAAUUUAAAACAUUUGGUUGUGGUUCAGCAAUUGCUUCAAGUUCUCUUGCAACCGAAUGGGUUAAAGGGAAAACGGUUGACGAAGCCUUGGAAUUGAAAAAUACUGACAUUGCAAAAGAAUUAUGUCUACCACCAGUCAAGCUGCACUGUUCGAUGCUUGCAGAGGAUGCGAUUAAAGCAGCUUUGUCAGAUUAUCGUAUUAAGCAACAAGGAGAUGGAGAGAAAACUAAGAGCAGUAAUUAAUAAAAUAGUUGUUCGAUUAAUGUAUAAAAACAAAGUAUAAUGGUAAAUUCGAAAUUCAAUUUCGUUGUUAUUUAGAUAUUAUAUAAGUUACAGUAAACUAAAUUCUUGUAAAUAAAAUAUGUAAAAGUUAUAUUUUACUACCAAAAUAAACACAUUAACCCUCAUUUGCUUGAGGUGAAUCGUUUGAACUCAAA